AUGUUCCCUCCUGAAGACACGAAGGGGACUCUGAACCUGGAAUUCAAGUCUCCAGAUCUAAAAUUCAGGUCACACAGCCACUCCCCAAGGGCGCAGCUCUCAUAUGAGCCUGGGAACCUCCUUCAGGGAGAUGACGUAGACACUGAGGAGACUCCAAACUCAUCCAAGCAGACGACGAGCGCCUGCUGGGAGUGCAACCUAGUGGACGCAGAGCGUUCCAGCCAAGGCUCGGGGAACAUCGAGGAAGACAGGAAGGUGCCUCCCCGCCAGGAUGACCGCUGCAGUUGGAACUCCGUGAGGAGCGUGGUAGACUACCUCCCAACCGCACUGAAGAAUGGCGAUUACUACUUUUUUUCAUCCUUGGUGGCCUUCCCCAAAAAGUUUGCCACCAUCUGGGAGGUGCUGGGCCUGAUCAUGGAAAGGUACCCAUCCUUCCAGCCGGAUUGUAAGAAGGACCAGAAAGCCAAGAAGGCCAUAACCAUAUUGCUCAGCAUGUGGAUGGAGUGGAUGCCAGAAGAGUUUUGCGAGUCUCCAGACUCUCUGGCCAGGAUGAACCAGCUGAAGGCCUACGUGAUCCUCAACAUGCCUUCCUCCCACCUGGUCGACCAUGUCCAGCAUCUCCUGUCAGCGCUGGAUGUGGAUGAAUGCAAGACUGACAGUACCAAGGAGGAGGAGGACUGUGAUUUGGCCUCCUCCAGAACAGGAAGUUCUGUGCUCCAGGCACAGGAUGACACUUGGGGAACACUGGAGGCUCUGCAGAUAGAGCCAGCAUCUCUAGCUGUGCCCACGGGAGACCUGCCACCAAAAGAAGAGCCUUUGCAUCCUGGGCACACGGAGCCACAUGUGACAGCAGCUCCUGAACCAGCACCUGUCACCAUGGAGCCAUCUGAGGCGGCCCCUGUGUUCCAAGGGUCAUGCACGUCAGGGACAGCGGAGUCAGCGUCUCUUCCCACUGCUGUGGGGCGGGAGCCGCCUCCGCCCUCGGUGGACAGCGCAGAGGCUCCUCCUGCCGUCACUGCAGACUCUCCCUCUGGUUGUCAGGAAGUUCAAUUUGAAGUAACAUCAAUUGGGUCUUACCCUGCUUGUCCUCUUCCAGAUGUAGAUAAUUAG